AUGGAUGUUGAGGUAGGAAAGAUGAACAAAAACAGCCUACAACAAUGGUGGAAAACUCAUAUCGUUUUGCGACUCGUCACGUUGAUCACUUCAUUCACAUCGGCUAUAAUCAUCUUCAAGAACAAUGAAACAACGGACACAUUUGGCUUCCCUAUGUCUAUCAAAUACUCCGACGAUACCAAUUUCAAGUUCUUUGCAUAUGCAAACAUGAUUGUAGCUUGCUUCUCCGCCAUCGCUCUAAUCCUCUUUGUGGUUGUCGCCUCGAGGAAAUCCAUCAAACCAAUCGUUGUCUUCUUCUUCUUCCUUCAUGAUUUGAUUAUGUUGAUGCUGGUGACGGCUGCAUGUGCGGUUGCAACUUCUAUCGGGUACGAGGGCAAACAUGGAAAUACAAAGGCGGGAUGGAUGGCGAUAUGCCCUUAUGUUCCCAAUUAUUGUAGGAAAGGGACCAUGGCUGGGGCUAUUUCGUAUAUUUGCCUCGUUAACUAUUUCUUGCUAUCGGUUAUGUAUGCCAAACAAAUCUAA